CGUUCGUGGUUUUGGGGAUACGAGCAACAGAGAGAGAUAGAGGAAGAACAGAAGGUACCUAGUAGGUCCGUGUUAUCCCCAAUUAUUUAAUCAUGUGAGGGAUUGAAGAAGCUUUUGUUUAAUCAACAACAUGCAACCUGAUGUUCUUUGGAGGUAGAUACCGAGGCUGCUAACGGGAGGAAUGCAGAGAGGAGGUCAUUUCCCCCGGAAUGGGGAGGUGGGAGGCAACGGCCCCCGCAGUGUUGUUAGCUAGCUAGCGAAACAGAAGAACUACUGGAUGGUAUUUUCAAAAUAAGACAAACUGACGAGAACAGGGUUUACUUGGAUUACAUUCUGGGCUUGAAACAUGUAUUCAUACAUGUAAACCUCUUAUAAACAAAUACAUGAAAUGUGUAUGAGUAUUCUGCAACGCUCCGUAGUAUUCUUUCUUGAAAUAAGCGUGAUCGGAAAACAUACCGCUUUUAUUUUGAAGUGGACUUUGCCGUAUUCCUAGCCCAACGGUUGUUAGCUUCUGCUAGCUUGACACAAACAAGCAGGAGUGAAGUUACAAAGCCUUGGACCAAAACAAGACUUUACAUCCUGUCGCUUUGGAAUGAAUGGGACAUACUUUGCUUCACUGAUUGUUAUUCGGAUAAAAUGCCUUUUAAACCGGAGGGACUGUGGAUUAUCUGAAAUCGGAGCCCCAGGGGAAAAUACGGUUUGCUGUGGAAGAUGAACAUGAACUGUCCAACUGUGACAGACAAGAAGAAGCUCUUGUAGCUGGAGGAGGACAGCCUGCCUAACCUUCCCUCCUCCUCCUGGGAUCAAUGACCGGACCCAACUCCCCGAGCCGGGCCGGCACCUCUCCAGCCAAGCUGAGCAGGCAUGGCCGCUCAAAAAGCUCCAGCUCUCACUGCCUGCUCCGCUGCAGCACCCAGGUGGACCCCUCCGCCUCCCCCCCCAAUAACAGCUCCCGGUCCCCUGGGGAGGAAGAGGAGAAGGAUGGAGGGGUUCUUUUCUACGUGAACAGGACUGGUUUCCCCAUUGAGAGUGUAACCUGGGAGAGGAUGUGGUCCCAUGUGGCCGCGGUGCACCCUGAGGGCCACGAGAUGGUGGACAGGAUACAAAAUGCUGCAUACCUUCCCAAGCACCCGGUCCCCUCAGUGCCGACCUUCAAGCCGUCCAUGUCCGUCCCUGAUUGGCUGGUGGCCAUCCAGAACUACAUGAAGGCUCUGCAAUACAACCACACAGGAACCCAAUUCUUUGAAAUCAAGAAGAGCCGUCCUCUGUGUGGGUUAAUGGAGACAGCAAGAGAGAUGAUCAGAGAGUCUUUGCCAAUCAAAUGUCUCGAGGCUGUCAUCUUGGGAAU